AUGUCUUCCGCAACAGAUUCCGAGUAUCACUUUCAAAUUUUUAUUACACUCGUCGUUGUAUUCCUCGUCUAUCUCUUCUUUGUCGCCGCUAGAUUUGGGGUCGAAUCCGUCCUCAGACUCCACGAUAAACUAUCUCAAGUUUCUCUUGGCCAACAACAAGUCGACUACUCACGACCCAUUGAUGCGCGACAGAACAUCCAGUAUCCCUACGCGACCCAAUCGAGCCCCCGUGCCUCGGCAAGUCGACUGAAGAAGCGAUACGAUAGCUCGUCCGAAGACGAUCAUGACUAUCGUGAACGAAAAUCGGAGAAGAAAGAUAGAAGAAUACGGGAUCUUGAGGACAAGGUGCGGGGUUUUGAGGACAAGGAGCGGAAAGCUGAGGACAAAGCGCUCAAAAAGAGUAUCAGUACUAUGGGCGAAGAUAUUAAGUCGAUAACUCAGAAAGUAAAUGAUAUGAAGAGUACGAUCGAUUCAGCCAAAACUUCCCCAGAGAAGAAAUCGGGGGAGGAGCAGCAGGAGGAGGAGGAGAUAGAGGAGGAGGAGCAGGAAGUGCUAGUAACUCGGGAGGAGGAUCAGGAGGAGCAGGAAGUGCUAGUAACUCGGGAGGAGGAUCAGGAGGAGCAGGAAUUACUAGUAACUUGGGAGAAGGAUCAGGAGCAGGAGCAGGAAGUACUAGUAACCCAGGAGGAGGAUCAGGAGCAGGAGCAGGAAGUACUAGUAACCCAGGAGGAGGAUCAGGAGGAGGAAGUGAAAAGAGGAAACAGGGUGCAUAAUAGGCGGCAGGAGAGUGAUUACGCUAGCGGCAGGAUCGAGUUAGGGGAGGUGCCGACCGAUUAA